AUGGACGGAAAAGUCGUUGCAAUCACAGGCAUUUCUGGCAUUGGCCUUGCCGUCGCUAAACAGCUCCGCUCCCAAGGCGCCCUCCUCUCACUGGCCGAUCUUAGCCAGGAUGCAUUAGACAAUGCCCGCAAAGAGCUGGGGGCCACCGACGACCAGAUUAUGACGACUGUUGUCGACGUCGGCACCGCUUCGCAGGUAAACUCGUGGAUUGCGGAGACGGUCAAAAGAUUCGGCCGCCUGGAUGGCGCGGCCAACAUGGCUGGCGCAAUCGGCAAGUAUCAUGGAGUCUGCACCCUCAAGGAGAUGGACGACGACGAUCAUUGGAAUUUGAUCAUGCGAGUCAAUCUGACGGGCCUGAUGUACUGCCUCCGGGCCGAGCUCAGACACAUGUCAGCAGGAGCCAGUAUAGUCAACGCCGCAAGCAUUCAGGGCCUAAGGGGCUUCGCGAAGCACGCAACAUAUUCAGCGAGCAAGCAUGCCGUUGUCGGGCUCACAAGAUCCGUGGCCAAGGAGGAGGCGCCUCACAUCCGGAUCAAUGCAGUCGCACCAGGUGCCACACAAACGCCACUGCUUGAGCAGUCUGUCAAGAUCAUAGGAAAGCAUGACGCAGAUGAAUGUCUGAUGAACCGGACAGGGUCCGCAGACGAGGUCGCAAAUGUUGUGGUGUUUUUGCUGUCGCCUGCAGCAUCGUACGUGACCGGCAGUAUAUAUUCAGUUGACGGAGGCUGGGAUUGUUGA